AUCAGAGGAACUGAGAUAAUAUCCACACCAGCAGCAUCCAUCACCAGAGCUACAGAGCCAUCUCAGCCCGUCACGGCGCUCGCCAGCUGUUAACAGCACUAUGGCACAAGCCGCCAAACAUCUGCGCAAGAAUAAGGAUUUAGAGGCGCUCGCCGAACAGGAGCGGAAGGAGAAAGAGGAAGAGAAGGCGAAGAAAAGAAGCCGCUCGCGGGAUAAAAAGCGCAAGGCCCACGUCGUUCAUCGCUGGCUAAUCGAUCAGGACAAUAGUGUGAGCUCUGAGCUGCCGGAUGGCCAGGGAGUGUGGCACUAUGAUGAAACAGCGGAUGCUGCCACCAGUUUCCUCCGUGCAGCUCGCUCAGGUAAUCUGGAAAAGGUCCUAGACCACAUCAAGAAUGACAUCGACAUCAACACUGCCAAUCAGAAUGGACUCAAUGGGCUGCACUUGGCCUCGAAAGAAGGCCAUGUUAAAAUGGUGCUGGAACUACUGCACCAUGGUAUUGUCCUUGAGACAUCCACAAAGAAAGGAAAUACUGCUCUUCACAUCGCUGCGUUAGCUGGACAGGAACAGGUGGUCACAGAGCUGGUUAACUAUGGAGCUAAUGUCAAUGCUCAGUCUCAGAAGGGCUUCACUCCUCUCUACAUGGCUGCACAAGAGAAUCAUCUGGAGGUUGUGAAGUUUCUCCUGGAUAACGGAGCCAAUCAGACCAUUCCAACUGAAGAUGGCUUUACCCCUCUUGCUGUGGCUCUUCAGCAGGGCCAUGAGAAUGUGGUGGCCCUGCUCAUCAACCACGGUACCAAGGGCAAGGUCCGCCUUCCUGCACUGCAUAUAGCUGCCCGAAACGAUGACACCCGGACUGCCGCUGUGCUUUUACAGAAUGACCCAAAUCCUGAUGUCUUAAGCAAGACAGGCUUCACACCGCUCCAUAUCGCAGCCCACUAUGAAAACCUGAAUGUUGCCCAGCUACUCCUAAACAGAGGAGCUGAUGUGAACUUCACGCCCAAGAAUGGGAUCACGCCUCUACAUAUUGCAUCCAGGAGAGGAAAUGUUAUCAUGGUCAGACUUCUGCUGGACCGAGGAGCAAAGAUUGAUGCCAAGACAAAAGAUGAGUUGACUCCUCUUCACUGUGCUGCCAGAAAUGGCCAUGUGAGAAUAAUUGAGAUCCUUCUGGACCAAGGAGCCCCAAUACAGGCCAAGACUAAAAAUGGUCUUUCUCCAAUACAUAUGGCAGCCCAGGGCGAUCAUUUGGAAUGCAUCAGACAGCUCUUACAGUACAAUGCUGAGAUUGAUGACAUCACUCUCGACCACCUGACCCCGCUGCAUGUGGCAGCACACUGUGGACAUCAUCGCAUGGCCAAGGUGCUCCUGGAUAAAGGAGCCAAACCAAACACCCGUGCUUUGAAUGGCUUCACGCCACUCCAUAUUGCCUGUAAGAAGAACCACAUGCGUGUGAUGGACCUACUGUUAAAGCAUUCUGCAUCCCUGGAGGCUGUAACCGAGUCAGGACUGACCCCACUGCAUGUGUCCUCCUUCAUGGGUCAUCUGAAUAUAGUGAAGAUACUGAUGGAAAAAGGAGCUUCACCACAUGCCUCAAAUGUGAAAGUCGAAACACCUCUGCACAUGGCAUCUCGAGCUGGUCACUGUGAAGUUGCUGAGUUCCUGUUGCAGAAUGCAGCUCCAGUGGACGCCAAAGCCAAGGAUGACCAGACGCCGCUACACUGUGCCGCCCGCAUGGGCCACGACGAGAUGGUGAAGCUACUGCUGGAGCACAAGGCAAACCCCGACUCCACCACAACAGCAGGACACACUCCACUGCACAUCGCUUCUCGUGAGGGACACACACAGACCGCCAGCAUCCUACUGGACAUGAACGCCCAGCUCACCAAAAUGACCAAGAAAGGCUUCACCCCCCUUCAUGUAGCAGCCAAAUACGGAAAGUUGGAUGUAGCAGUGCUGCUUUUAGAGAGAGGAGCCAACCCAAACGCUGCAGGAAAAGUUGGACUCACACCGUUGCACGUGGCUGUCCAUCAUAACAACCUCGAUGUGGUCAAUCUUUUUCUCAGCAAAGGCGGAUCACCACACAACGCUGCUCGGAAUGGCUACACUCCGCUCCACAUUGCUUCCAAACAGAACCAGGUGGAGGUAGCGAGCAGUUUACUGCAGCAUGGAGCUUCUCCCAAUGCUGAGUCAUUGCAAGGGGUCACACCGUUACACCUAGCCUCGCAAGAGGGCCAACCAGAUAUGGUGCUGCUGCUUAUCUCAAAGCAGGCCAAUGUAAAUCUGGGAAAUAAGAGCGGACUGACUCCUCUUCACCUCGUGGCUCAGGAGGGUCAUGUUGGCAUUGCUGAAAUACUAGUGAAACAUGGGGCGUCUGUCUACGCUGCCACACGAAUGGGUUACACUCCACUUCAUGUGGCUUGUCAUUAUGGCAAUGUCAAGAUGGUUAAGUUCCUCUUACAGCAACAGGCCAAUGUAAACUGCAAGACCAGGAUGGGAUAUACGCCGCUACAUCAGGCUGCUCAGCAAGGCCAUACGGACAUUGUGACGCUUCUCCUGCAACAUGGUGCAGAACCAAAUGAAAUUACGUCUAAUGGCACGUCAGCUCUUGCCAUCGCGAAGCGCCUUGGAUACAUCUCAGUCAUUGAUGUGCUCAAACUGGUCACUGAAGACACAGGUACUAUGAGCACCACAGAAAAGCAUCGCAUGAGUUUCCCCGAGACAGUUGAUGAGAUCUUGGAUGUGUCUGAAGAUGAAGGAAUUGCACAGCUUUCGUUAGGCGAGGAGCUGCUGGGGAACGAAGGUGCCAGGUAUUUGAAGAUGGAGGACUUAAAGGAUCAUGAUGAGGAUUUCCUUUCCCCCAAGAAUGUUCUAGAGAAUCAUUCUCCUGCUAUUCCAAGGAUCCCCUGUGUGUCUCCUGAAACAGUCAUGCUGAAAGAACAUGAACUGGAGCAGCACACGCCACUUCCUUUGGCCAAGGAGUAUGAUGAAGAUUCACUGAUCCCCAGCAGUCCAGCCACAGAGACGUCAGACAAUGUCAGUCCAGUAGCAAGUCCCAUCCACACCGGAUUCCUGGUGAGCUUCAUGGUAGAUGCUCGUGGCGGCUCAAUGAGAGGCAGCAGACAUAACGGCCUGCGUGUCAUCAUUCCUCCUCGUACCUGUGCCGCUCCAACACGCAUCACCUGUCGCCUGGUGAAGCCGCAGAAGCUUGCCACACCACCUCCUCUGGUGGAGGCUGAGGGUCUCGCCAGCCGUAUCAUCUCUCUUGGUCCAGCUGGCAUGCAGUUCUUAGGGCCUGUGAUUGUAGAGAUUCCCCAUUUUGCCGCGCUUGGUCGGGGAGAUCAUGAACUAGUCGUCUUGAGGAGUGAGGACGGAUCAGUCUGGAAGGAGCAUCGUGAUCGAUAUGGUGACGAGGUCCUGGAGACCAUCCUCAAUGGCAUGGAUGAAGACCUUGAGAGUCAGGAGGAACUUGGGAAGAAAAGAAUCAGGCGCAUCAUUUCGACCGACUUCCCGCUCUACUUUGCCGUGGUUUCCCGUAUCCAGCAGGAGAAUGAUCUGAUUGGCCCAGAAGGGGGUUAUCUCACCAGUAAGCUGGUGCCCAUGGUCCAGGCCAGUUUUCCUGAGACAGCUGUCACCAAGCGUGUCCGUCUCGGACUCCAGGCACAGCCCGUCCCUGAUGAGCUGGUGGCCAAGCUUCUAGGGAACCAAGCCACAUUCAGUCCUGUCGUGACUGUAGAGCCUCGUCGACGUAAGUUUCACCGUCCCAUCGGCCUGAGGAUUCCACUGCCUCCUUCCUGGAGGGAAAGUCCACGGGACGCUGGCGAGGGCGACACCACCAGCCUCCGCCUGCUCUGCAGUGUCAUCGGUGGCACUGCUCCAGCUCAGUGGGAAGAUAUAACUGGCACCACCAAACUUAUUUAUGCCAAUGGCUGUGCCAGUUUCACCACCAAUGUCUCUGCCCGUUUCUGGCUGGCAGACUGUCCUCGGACUGCAGAGGCCGUGUCCUUUGCCAACCUUCUGUACCGUGAGCUGUCAGCCGUGCCGUACAUGGCCAAGUUUGUAGUUUUUGCAAAGAUGAAUGAAGCACGGGAGGGUCGACUCCGCUGUUACUGCAUGACUGAUGACAAAAUGGACAAAACCCUGGAGCAGCACGAGAACUUUACUGAAGUGGCUCGCAGUAGAGACAUCGAGGUGAUGGAGGGAAUGCCGCUGUAUUUGGAGUGUUCAGGAAACUUGCUUCCCAUAAGGAAGGCAGCACAGCAGCCCCGCUGCUUCAGCUUCCAAGCCUUCAGGGACAACAGACUGCCUGUGUCUGUCAAGGUGAGGGACAGCAGUAAAGAUCCCUCUGGUUUGUUGUCUUUCUUGCGCAAAUCAACCAAAUACGAAGAUAGUCAACAUGUGUUGUGCAACCUCAACGUAACCAUGCCGCCUUGCAUUAAGAUUAUAGGAAGUGAUGAGCGAAGGAGAACUCUGACUCCUUUAGCUCUGAGGGAAAGAUACAGUGCUCUAAAUGAACCAGCCAUGGCAUCACUGAGCGCCAUGGAAAGGAUGGAGUUAAAGAUGGCUUUAAUAGCUGAACAGCUAGGCCUGAGCUGGGCUGAGCUGGGACGUGAACUGCAGUUUAAUGUAGAUGAAAUAAAUAAGAUCCGUGUGGAGAAUCCCAACUCCCUUUUAGAGCAGAGCUCAACAUUGCUCAACCUGUGGACCACACGAGAGGGGAAGAAAGCCAAAAUGGACAGCCUGUACGUGGCCCUCAAGAGCAUCGACCGAGUGGACAUUGUGAACAUGUUGGAGGGCCAGGGACCACCAACAGGUCAGCAGGCAGGCUGGGAACAAGAUGCUUCCAGGUCUAGGCAUCAUGAGAGAGACCAUCUAUCUCCUGGCAUCACAAAUGGUUACGGGCUGGUGGUACAGGAAGAACUAGUCUCACCAGCCUCCAUGCAGUACAGUCUACCUUCACCACUGGGCAAUGAGCCAUACUGGCAGGAAGUGUCAAGCAUGGAGUGUGCACCAAUCGCUACCACUGAAGAGGACACACUCAUGGACAUGUCUGAGGUACAGGUUUGGCCCUCAGGCAAUAGUCCUUCCAUUGUGGCCAUAGAGGACUCCUCACUUGAGUGCAGCAAUGCUGAUGACUCCGAGGCGCUACUGAACAGGAGCCUGGGCCACUCGAGGAGCGGUACUCCUGGUGCAAACGGACCAGUGGGACUUGCUACUCAGGGAGGGUUAAGUGGUUCCAUUGAGCUACUUGAGGAUCAAUCCAUUGGGGCGGAUUCAGAUUACAGUGCUGCUGGGAUGCUGUGUCUGAGCGAAGGGGUCAACAUCAAUGCUCUGGACAGAGGUCAGGGGUCGGAGAGGUUAGAAGGUGCUGUAGGCCAAGAAGUCAACAACAUUAAAGAUGAUUCCAGUGGAGGUUUGGGAGAAGGAGUAGGUGAUGACACAAACGUAGAAGAUAGCAUAUCUCUCAUUUCAGGGCAACAGCGAGUUUAUGCUCAGUUGAGUGAGUCACCUGUGCUAAGAAGACGGGCAGAUCCUGGUGAUGACAGGUUAAGUGGUGGGUCCUUCCUAUCUUAUCUACAGGAUCAGGGGACUCCAGGUUGGCACUCUGCCCCAGAACAAAACCAGAACAUAGUGGGAUCUCUACAGUGCUUUCUUCCUAGACUGGCAAUGGAGUCUAUGAUGUCAUCAGUACGAGCCACAGUGGACAGUGAUUCUAAGCAGUCUUGCCUAGCCCAGGAAGCCCUUAUUGAACCAGUGCGGGACAUGGGGCAUUCUGAGAUCAUCCACGGGCAUUAUCAAGGAACUCAACCUUUUGAGAAAGGACUAGGCUUCCCGCACAGAGCAGCUAACAUUCGGGCUUGGGAGGACAUGAGUCUUAGAAGACAGGGUGAUGAGGCAGAGGAUCUUCCAGGAGAGCAAGUGAGCGAGGAGCAAUUUACAGAUGAGCAUGGCAACAUCGUCACCAAAAAGAUUGUAAGGAAGGUGGUCCGGAGAGGAAAAGGGGAUGAAGGGGGUCAGGAGCUCAUCAUAGAAGGGCAGGAUAUCAAUGAGGCAGACGCUGAUGGAGAACUGUUCAUGAGAUAUGCCGUCCUGGGCCAUGACAGCAAGCCGGAUGUUGUGAAUGUGAAGAGGGGAGGUGCUCAAAUAGUCAAAUGUGUGAGUCUGCGGAGAGUAAAGCAGUGAGUCUGACUCACUCCUCCCUGCAGGACUUGACACCUUCAUCCAAACCAUCCUUCACUGACACAUGAUGGGUGUCAAAUAAAGAAGAAAAUUGAGUUCGAGCAUGGGCGAUAGGCGAUGGAUAUCAACUACAAAAAGAGAUUUUCAGACUUUUUGUAACAAGCAAAGCAAACACUAGCGGCUAGAGGCAUGAUUUCCUAUAAAAUGAAACCAAAUAAUGAAAAAAAGCAAGCAUUUGAGAAGUGCUUCCUGUAAUCUCAAUAUCAGCAUGUGAAAGUGCUGUCGCAUGGCCUGCCUUUACAUACAGCACUGACUGCAAGCAAUUAUGAGGAGAGAAAAUACUGUCGUACUGCAAGGGCUGUAAAAUAGUGGGAGGAAGGACUUUGGCCAACUGGAUGCAUGCACUUAACAUCAUGCAAGUGGAGCACAUGGGACACAAGUUUUAGUCAAAUCCAGCAAGUUUCCCAAAAUGUUGUCUUCCAAGCGAGUCCAGAACACACUUAGGAGGAGUUUGACCCUCUUGUACUGGUAUUAUACAUAAUAUGCACUCAGAUAUGAUGUGAAUGCACUCUCCGUGUGCGUGUGUUCUUUUUCACAGCCAAAAAAAAAAGAAGAAAAAAAAGACAACAAUCUAUGCGAUGAUUAUGCUGCUGUCUCAAUACUUGCUCCUGAAUUCUUGUUCAGUCCAAUAGUAUGUGUCUUGUGUAUUGUAAAGGUAUAAUUGUGUAGCAAAUGAGCUUUGAAGUCCUGUGUUGCCUGAGAUGUACUAGGCUCAAGGGUUACAAUUUGUGCAGUUUAAAUGUUUUCAGUGGGAUACAGUACUUUGGACAUAUUUUAAAAUCACUGUGCGGCUCUAGUAUGUACACGUUUGAUGCGCUGCAGCAAAAUUUUUGUUUUUGUUCUAUAUACAUUGCAUACCUCUGUGUAUAUAAACCCUGAGCUUCCUCUUAAUAACUCGAUAUGCACAGAGGAGCUUACAAGCGUUAUAUUAACAUUUGCAUCAUCCACCUUCAGCAUUUGCUUUAUUCCAAAUAACCACUAGUGGGAAGACUUUCUUCUGAAUCCUUAAAACCAAAAAAGCAAUAAUUUGUAUUUGUCUUGUUAUAAAUGACAGUUAAAAAGUCUAACCUUUCAUUAGUAGUAAAAAUGUAGAUAAAGGCUGUCAGUAGAUUCAAGUUAUUACUCACAACUAAACUUGUAGUUUGUUUUGUAGGUAAUAAUUCAGCAUAUUCAUUAUUAACUUAUAAAAACCUAAAAAGUUAUGUUCCGAAGAUUUUUGGGAACACUUUAUAAUAAUGUUCCAUCUGUUAAUAAGAAUUAGUUAACAUAAAAUAAUGAAAACUACUUCUUAAGCAUUUAUUAGUAUAUGUUAAUUUCAAUUUACUAAUAGUUUAUUAAGAUACAGCUUGUAUCUUUUCAUAAUAUUUAACAUAUUUGAGUCCACAAUGAAUAGUUUUUUUAUUCAUGUUAUUAAAAAAUUAAUAAAUAUUGUAACAAAUUAUUCAGCGUUAGUUAAUGUAUUAUCAGUGUUAACUAAUAGGACUUUACUUGUUGUAAAGUGUUACCAAAUUUUUUAUUGAUAACUUCAAAUUACUAAAAACAAGUCUACUUAACAUUAGAGGAGAAUGAAACCAGUUCUAUAUAUUCAAAAUCAAUGGCACUAAACUCACUAACUCUGGGAGCCCAAAAAUCAACAUUGUUUUUCCUAGACAUGUCACAAUUAUAGCCAUCCCUGCAGUUAUCGCCCUUCCAGUGAUUUCUAUUCAGUUUUCUCUUUUCUGAGGCCAUAUGUCCAGUCUUCCUCGGGAUACUUAGUCUUUUCUAUACUCUUACACAAUAUUAAUUCCAUAUCUAUUUGUAAUAAUCUUUGAAUGAACGAAUGGCAAUUAGAUUGCUUGGUUUGCGAAAUUUGUUAAACAAAUAAUAAUAUUUAUAAUAAUAGUAAAUAAUAGCAAUAUUUUUACUUUACUGAAAGGUUAGAUUUUUUUCUCAUAUUUUGAGCAUAACAGAUAAAAUUUGUUGACAGUAUUUUUUAUUUAUUUAUUUGUUUUGUUGUUGUUUAUUUAUACAGAUGAUGCUAAUACUCAUGGUGUGCACUAUAUAUUGCUUUUAGGGGAAAACAACACAAUCUGUAUUGGUUCUCAUUUUUGAUGCCAAACAUUUUCACUGAUAUAAUUAGAUGUGUAAUAAUUUUCAGACACUCUACACAUGCUUGACAAAAAGGUGUGAACACUCCAGACACAUUCUUUGCCUUUCUUAAGCUUGAUGAAGACACGUAGCCACUGAGCACUGUGAUCAGACUGUUUACUGUCCCACAACAGAACAGAGCUGACUUGCACACACACAUGCACAAAUUAAAUAUAAUGUGGAUUACCUGGUCUGCACUUAGGUUAUUCUUUGCCAGCACUUCAACCACUCGUAUAUUCUCUUCCGGAGGUUUUUAGAAACAACAGCUGUAAUUGUAUGCACCUCUCUUCAUUAUAUUAUAUUAUGCAAACAGUGAUCACUGCAGCACUGGUUGGCGUCUCUACGGACACUAUACUAUACAAAAUACAGACUUCGGCCUGAAAGUGUCCUGUGAAUUUAUAGGAUGACUCAAAUCAAGCAUCUCAUAUGUAUGGGAAUAAAAUUCAGAUUCUGAUAACAUGAGAGCAUAAUACCAAAAAUAGGCCAUUUAUUGUAGCAUUUAUUUUAUACCGUAGCAUUGUUAUUUAAAUCUGCAUUGUCUGAGGUUAUUUGUGCACCACAUUCAAGUCACAUGAAUAAAACUAAAUCUAAAUUUUUAAGCAUCACUUUUAACAUUUUUAUGUUGUUCAUUAAAUCAUUUAAAAUAAGGAUGCACAUUAAUAAUAAAUACAUAAACAAUAAAUGAAUGUCUUCCAUUAAAAUGUAUUAUUUUAUAUUAUAUUGUUUUUUAAUCUUCUAUUUUACAGAUGCAUUAUUAAAAGAUUUUUAUUAAGCUUGCAUUUAAAAUUCAACAAGCUCUUUAUUCAUAUCCUUCAUAUGCUUUUGUGGGAGAGGGGGAGUUGUGUGUGUGUUUUUUUUUUUUUUUUUUUAAGUUUUUUUUUUUUUAAGUUUUUUUUUUAAGUUUCAGGUAUUCUCAUUUCUGUGGUUUGAGAUUUCCAGUACUUAAGGUUGAAUUUUUAGGAAAAAUAAAUGCAGCCACUCUGCUGGCAUGAGAUGGGUCCUCCUUCGAGUCCAUCCCUGAACAAACCUUCACAGAUUACAGUGGCUGCGUAUUUGGGCCGGACUAUUCCAGUAUGGCAGCAAAGUUGUGGCAAUUGUUUGAUGUCUAAGCACUGGUUUAAACCAACCUCUUGCAAAAAUGUGAACUGUUGCAAAAUGACAGAAUAUUUAUACUCCUAUCUACUACCGAAUGAUUUGAAAUCAAUAUAAACACAACAGCAUAUUACUUAUGAGAAAGGAAUGCAAAAUGCACACUUGCACAGAAAAGAUGUUUUUAAUACAUCUUCUAGUACGUAUAUAUAAUUAUAUUUAAUUAGAAUGCUUUGCACUUGCAAAUGGGAAUUUAUGAUCUGCUAUUUGGGAACUUGGGAAUACUUUAAUGUCAUGGAUGUACUUAUAGCAUCUAAGCAUCUUCUAGCAUCAAACAAGGGGAUGCCUGUGGGAAUAUAGAAGCAUCGUGCUUCUUUAAAGUUUCUUUCAUUUUAUUUAUGUAUUUAUUUUUAUUGCUACUAUAGGUCUUUGAAUUAGACAAGAUUUUAAAUGUCUAUAUAAAUAUAUAUAUAUAAAUAUUCAACCCUGUACACCAGCUGAAGAUACAUUUACAGAAUUAAUAAAGAAAUAAAAACUGACAAACUGAA